AAACAAAAGAAAUCUCAAGCUAAUCGGGUAGCUCGAUCUAAGCCCAACUUCACCAAACACACUGAAGCUCAGCUCCACCUCCAAUGAAGAAGCAUAGCCAGUAGCCACUCAGAAGCUACCUUCGGCGAAAAUAACAAGAACAGGAACCAAGCAAGGGCUACAAAUAAUUUCCCCACUGCAAUAUCCUCUCGCAUCUCCUGCGUACUUUGAAAUCUAUCUACCCUCUUUCUCUAUCUAAUAUUUUAUCUCACUGUAUAAUAUAUGGUUCGUUUUGGUGAUUAAUCCUUCUAUAUUUGCAUUUAAAUUGUGCACGGGAAGGAAGAAAAGUGGACGAUUCAUCAAGCACCAUUGGGCCCUGUGUCGUCCUCAUUUGUAUCCUGUCGCUUCUGAGUUUUAAGUGUAAUAUUCAUGUUUCCAUCAAUUACGUUGCUUCUGGGUCUUCUUCAAUCUGUUAAGUUUUUUCAGCAUCUUUGGGCUUUCUUACUGGUGGCUGUACAUUCUCUCAAAUGGAAGAUGACAUGAUAAUAGAUAAAAAGCGCAGAAAAAUUGCUUCCACUGAUUUUCUUUUACAGUGGAGCCAGUGGCAACUGCUUGAUUCCAUUCUUCCUACAGGUGGUUUUGCUCAUUCCUUCGGUCUUGAGGCAGCAAUGCAAGCACGCAUAAUCUUGGGUCAUGAAGAUUUUAAGAAUCAGGUGAUUCAUAUUUUGGAGAAUGCAGGAAGUUUGCUUCUUCCUUUUGUGUACUCUGCAACUCUCUCUCCGGAUUUGGAUACCUGGCAAAGGCUUGACAAAAUAUUGGAUGCAACUUUAACCAAUGAAGUAAGUCGAAAGGCAUCUAUUGCUCAAGGAUCAGCUCUCAUGAGGGUGGCUGCAGCUGUGUUUACUGAACUCCCUUAUCUUAAAGCCAUGAGAGAUGCAUGCAUUGGUUCUGGGGCUGUUUCUUUUCACCAUGCUCCCAUCUUUGGCAUGAUAUGUGGACUUCUUGGGAUGGAUAGUGAGACCUCUCAGAAAGCUUACAUUUUUAUCACAAUGAGGGAUGCAAUUUCUGCUGCAACAAGGCUUAAUUUGGUUGGACCCCUAGGUGCAGCUGUAUUGCAGCAUCAGCUGUGUGUGGUUGCUGAAAGUGUAUUGGAAAAGUGGAUGGACCAUACAGUUGAAGAAGCGUGCCAAACAGCUCCUUUGCUUGAUACUCUACAGGGCUGCCAUAGCUAUUUGUUUUCUAGAUUGUUUUGCUCUUGAUAUCUAAGGUAAGUGAGGGAGAAAUAAAUACUCUUCUUUGAUUAGUUUAUUAAGAAAAUCAGUGAGAAGUUUCUUAGAGUGGUUGAUUUUUUUUUUUUAAUAAUCUGGAAUGAAAUAUAAGAAAAAGAAUUAUAUAUCAUUAUUCCAUGAAUUCUGUAAGACUAAUCUAUUUUCCUUUAGAAAUGUUGUUUAAACGAAAAUAAAUUAUCAUUUAGUCAUCAA